AAUGGCGUGAUUCUUAAAAGACCACUUAGUCAAGACCCCUCUUUUUUUUCUCUCAGUCGUCACUUCAAAUACCACCCAAAUUCAUCUUUUUCACCAUCAAAAAAGCAUCAACAAGAACUCACGCUCACCACCACUUUCUUGACUCCAUUGGUUUCAUAAUCUUUAAUAAUCAAUUCCCCUUUCUACAUUCUCGAUACAUAUACACAAAACCCCUUUUUUUGAUUCUUUAUUCUCUUUCUUUCUUUGUUUUUAUGGCAAUUCCAUAACAAAUUCCCCUUUUUCUUAAUCUUUUCAGAAAAACCCAAUCUUGGUUUUUAAUGAUUUAUAGAAAUAUUCAAAGCCCAUCUCAGUUUUGUUGUUAAAUUGUUUGGUCCUAUAGAAAUCUUUAUGCUCUUUGUUUGUUUGUAGGGCAAGUACAUAAAGAUUUCACCUUUGUUAAUCUUUUUGAACACCCAAUUUGGUUUUCUUGAUUCUUGAUGGUUAAAGUUUACAAUCCCAUGUGAGUUUUGUAGAAAUAUUUAAAACCCAUCUUAUUAUUUUUUUUGUUAUAAAGUUGGGUUUAGAUUAGAUGGUUGGGAGUGGUAGAAUGGAGGUGGUUACCACCAAAGGGUGUUCAAAGAUGUAUACUGAUAUUGGUUGUGCAGUGGGUUCUGCUUCUUUUAGAGAUUUUCAACCUCCACGUGUCUCAACCUCAGGCUCUCCAUUUUCUGGUCUGAUUAUAUGUGUUCCUGGUUUAUCUAAAGAAGCAAGAAAACAAGUGAUGGAUGCAACUGAGAGAUUGGGUGGUCAAUUCUGUCCCCAUUUUCAUCCUCAUUGUACACAUUUGGUGGUUCAAAGCUCCCUUGAGCUUAAAUCCGAAAAUGUUUUAAAGCACGGGGAGAAGCAAGGUGCAUAUAUCGUUACACUUGGAUGGUUUGUCGAUAGUGUGAGAAGAAACGAAAGAUUGAACGAAUCACUAUACGGUGUUAAGAGUUUCGGAGAGAAUUACAUGGCUAAGGAUAAUUUAAACAGAACCGGUAGUGGGAAUCCUUGUAUUCCUGUUGCUAUGCUUGAAAAUGUAACACAAUGUAACUUGAUCCCAAGAUCAAGAUUACAUUCACCAGAUGAGCAGAAAAGAAGAGGUUCAGUUUUUUCGGGUCAAACCUUUUAUGUUGACCCAGAUGUUUCGGUUGAGCUCCGGAACAAGGUUGUUAAAGCUGCUAUUGAAGAAGGUGCUAUGGUAAUCGACCGAUUAUUAUUUGGUCAUGAUGCAUCUCAUGUAGUGUGUGAAGGUUCUUCGGUUCUGAAAUAUCUUGGCCACUCCAAUAAUCUUGUUACGCCUCAAUGGGUUAUGAAGACGGUGAAGGAGACUCGGUCACAAAGGCUUGUCCAUUUGUCUGCUGACUUGGCACGCCACAUAGGAACAACACUCGGCAAUGUCCCACGUAGCAAUAUAGUCGAUGUUUCACGAGAUGAACAAAAUUAUCACAAGAAAUUAAGCCACAAAGAGAACCAAAGAAUCGCGAUCCUUGCAAAAGAGGGGGUCAGGAACCGACGGGGAAACCAUACACAGCUGGCGGGUCAGAAACCAGUAAAAACGCAACCCCGAAGCAUCCUUCUUGAUUCGAUCAACUGGACUAUGUCCGAGCCAUCAUCAACCGCGUCUAUCUAUAUGGACUCUUUUAGUUUGGAUGAUGCAAAUGAAAGUAUAAACGGACCCGAUGCUUGUUUUGUGAAUUUCUCACGACCAUUGUCCGAGAGGGAAAAGAACGAGUUGGUAUUCAGGAACCACUUUAUUACAAUACUGUUUCCUGUGGACCGGUUGGGCGAGAUGGGCCCCACUUCCAGGACGUUUUUCAGCGAUACAGGGUUUAAACGUACACAGUUGCUAGAUCAUAUUUAUUCAUUUUAUCAGGAAAACAUGUCAACAUCCGAGAUAGAGUUAGCCAUCCACACUGAUUCUCGGCAUGCUGACAAGCUUCGUUCCAAGUACUCGAGCAAAGAAGCUGCAGAGUGUGGUUUCUUGAAAGUCAAACGCAUUGACUUCUUAGGAAGUCGACGGAUCUUUAAAAUGCUGAAACAUGUUCCUGGAAACUAUGGUAAUAAUGUGUAUGAGUUGUUGACUCGAGCAUAGUCAAUGAACAUUAUAGCACCACUAACAAAAAUCUUAUAUGUUAUAUAUAUAUUUUUCUAGUUAUAUGUAAUACCUUGUUUUUGAAGAGAAGCUUAUACACAUUUUUACAGUUUCAAUAGUAAAACUGCAACAGCACUUUGGGUAAUA